GGAAAAAGAAAAAUAAAAAAUGAAGGAACGGUUGUUCGUUCGUUCGUUGGUCAGAGGUAGAACGCGGAAUAAUUUUCCACCUUGGUUGUAAUCUUGUAGGUGGAGGAAUCAGCCCCGUCUCCCUCCAAGAUUCACAAUCACGCGGGCUCUCGAUUUUCUCUCCCAAAUUUCCCAUUAUCCAAACAUCUUGGGGGAGGUCUCCCGAUCAUCUUCUCGCCUGAUUUCCGAUCAGAAUCACCUGUUUUCCCGCCGGAGGGAGCUGGGGAUGGAGACGUCGUCGUUGAAGAAGGCGGGGAGCGGGAGCGGGAGCGAAGGGCCGACACAUAGUGUCGCCGGAGGAAGAGGAGGGGAGGAGAGGGGUUCGUUUGAGUAUUUCGGCUGGGUGUAUCAUAUCGGAGUCAAUUCUAUUGGCCACGAGUACUGCCAUCUUCGAUUCCUCUUUAUUCGUCGCAAGUAUGUCGAGUUGUAUAAGCGUGAUCCUCACGAGAAUCCCGGCAUUAAACCCAUCAGGAGGGGUGUUGUGGGGCCGUCACUUAUGGUUGAAGAGCUGGGACGUCGAAAAGUUAAUCGUGGGGAUGUUUAUGUCUUACGCAUUUAUAAUCGAUUGGAUGAUUCCAAAAAAGGAGAAAUUGCCUGUGCUACGGCUGGAGAGGUCAGAAAAUGGAUGGAGGCAUUUGAUCAUGCCAAGCAACAGGCUGAGUAUGAGCUGUCCAGAGGACAUAACAACCGAAACAAACUGAACAUGGAGGAAGAGAUAAAUCUGGAUGACCACAGACCAAUAGUGAGACGGUAUGCACAUGGAUUAAGAAAGCUAAUAAAAAUUGGGCAAGGUCCUGAGACACUUUUGCGUCAAUCUUCAAACUUGAAUACUGAUGUGGGUCCAGAUGGCUUCUUUGAAGGGGAUUCUGGUGAUGCAAUUGAAAGACAUAAGUGGAAAUGUGUUCGCACAUUUAAUGGUGUAAGAAUUUUUGAAGAUGUUGCUGACAGUAAGAGCGGUAAAGGGGUCAUUGUGAAGUCUGUUGGUGUGGUUGAUGCUCAUGCGGAUACUGUUUUUGAUAUAAUUCUGAACUUUGACCGGAGUAAGAGAUAUGAGUGGGAUACACUGAUAAGUGAUUUGGAACUAGUUGAAUCUUAUGAUGGACAUUAUGAAAUCCUUUAUGGGACGAAUGAUCCCACGUAUCUUAGCCACAGAUCGCAAUGCAAGAGAGAUUUUGUCUUCUCCAGACAAUGGUUUCGAGGACAAGAUGGAACAUAUACAAUAUUGCAAGUUCCUUCCAUUCAUAAAAAGAAGCCACCUAGAUCUGGAUAUCGACGUACACGGAUUAACCCUUCAAGUUGGGAGAUAAGGUGCAUAAACACAUCUAUGGGUUCAAACACUCCAAAAUGUCUUGUUACACAAAUGUUAGAGAUACAACCGGCAGGCUGGUUUAGAUGGCAGAGAAUUCACCCUUCAAAGUUUGAAAAGAGUGUUCCUUAUGCAUUGCUAUGCCAAGUUGCAGGUCUAAAGGAAUAUAUUUUAGCAAAUCCAGCUCUAAAUUUCGAAUCCUUGCCCACUGUUGUCCAUUCAAAAAUCUCCGAUGUCUCUGUUACAAAUAGUGAAUAUGAUGAUGGAGAACUGCGUGAUGAAUUUUAUGAUGCAAUUGCUGCUGAUUCAUCAUCAUCAUCAUCAGAUGAAAGUGAUGAUGAUAAACUUGGCAAUAAGGAAUUAAAAGUGAAGAUGAAAAAUAUUUCAUGGGCAAUAGCAGGCUUUUCUUUGAAGCGGACAUCAGCUGCGGAUGCCAAUAAGGAACUAGAUUCUAGUGUCGUUCCUAUCAUCUUGGAAACAAACCAGUUUCAUGGUUCUAUGCAGAAAGGGAGGGAUGAUACGGAUACAAACUGUUGGACUUCUCCAAGUGGUGCAGGAUUCAUGAUAAGGGGGAAAAAUUACCUCAAGGACAAUUCUAAGGUAAUGGGGGGAGAUCCCCUUCUCAAGCUCAUAGCAGUAGAUUGGUUCAAAGUUGAUAAAAGCUUUGAUAGAAUUGCAUUGCAUCCCCGUAACUUAGUUCAGUCAGAAGCUGGAAAGAAGGUCCCAUUCAUGCUUGUCAUUAAUCUGCAGGUUCCAGCCAAGCCAAACUAUAGUAUGGUAAUGUAUUAUGCUGCAGAUAGACCUAUAAACAAAAAUUCUUUGUUGGGCAAAUUUGUGGAUGGAAGUGACAUGUACCGGGAUUCUAGAUUUAAAUUAAUUCCCAGCAUUGUGGAGGGAUAUUGGAUGGUCAAGCGUGCAGUUGGAACAAAGGCUUGCCUUUUGGGCAAGGCGGUUACAUGCAAGUACCUCAGACAGGAUAAUUUUCUUGAAAUUGAUGUGGAUAUUGGAUCAUCAACAGUUGCCAGAAGUGUUAUUGGCCUUGUUCUUGGAUAUGUCACAAGCUUAGUCGUUGACCUUGCAAUUCUAAUAGAGGCAAAGGAAGAGGAAGAGUUGCCUGAGUAUGUUCUUGGAACCGUUCGGCUAAACCGUGUGAGGCUUGAUUCGGCAAUACCUUUGGAAAAUUGAGGGCUAAUCUUUUCCAUCUUGAAGCUUACAAAAAAGAGGGCCCUUUCUGCAAUCACUUUACCCACUCCCAACUACUCUUGCUUUACUUUAUUAGCAUAUCAGUGGACAAACUUUAGAAUGAUGGAUGAUUUAAUUUGCAUAAAGUUUAUCUCUUAUGAUAAUUGUUCUUGUUUAUUGAUUUGAAUUGCUUGUACCUUU